AUGCUGGCCAGAGGCUACUCGCGCGAGGAACACGACGCACUCUUGAGCUUGUUCGACCCGCAUAUCUACACCCGCAGACGAGCAACCGCACCACCCGCCACCUACCCCACCUCCUUCGCCGCAGACGACCGCACACCCACCCACAGACACCGGCGCACGGCCAGCAUCGCAUCCAGCGUCACGUCCUACUUUGCAGACAGGCUGCACAUCCCCUCUCCCCGCCCCAGCAGGCCAGCCAGCGUCCUCUCCAAGCCCCAACUCGCACCGCUUCUCUCCCUCCCAAGCGAGAUCCUCCUCCACAUCCUCGCCUUCACCCUCCCCCCGUCCCACACUCGCUGGACAGCCCGCGAUCGCGCACACACCCUCGCGACCCUCGCGCUCGUCCAUCCCGUCUUGCGCAACUAUGCCCAGAACGAGCUCUUCUCGACGGUGUACAUCGCGAGCGAUCGCACCGUCGAACAGUUGACCCGCUUGACGUGUUUGCCCAAGAGUCGCGGGCAGGAACUGGGCAGGCGGAUCACGAGGCUUGUUGUCCAUGGGAGUCUAGGGACGGGAGACGGAGGGAAGGCGCUUGCCAAGCUCGUGCAGCAACUUGUCGGGCUCGAGUCGCUCCACCUCGAAGACUUGGACGGCCUCGAGUUGCGGGCUUUCCUUCUCCAUCCGACACUUCGGACGUUCUCAGCAAGCCGCUGCGGCUUCCGCUCGCGUUUCCGCGCCGUCGCCUCCUCCCGCCCCUCGCCCAUCACGUCCCUCUCCCUGACGACUUGCACCGGACACCACGACUCCUUCUCCGGUUUCUUCCUUCCCAGCCUCUCGACACUCGCGAUCUGGGACAUCUCCCUCCCUCCGCCUUCGCCCCUCGCCGUCUGGGAGCCGAGCGAGGCUUUCCGCACGCUAGCGGCGGAAGUUGGCGCGCAGCUGCGAGACGUGACGGUUGACGAACACCACUUCAACUACCUCUUUCCCCUCCCGCGCCUCGCUCCCCAACGCCAAGUGGUCCUGCACCGACUGUGUAUCAUCAAACUUUCCCUCCUCCCUCUCGCGAUCGACCUCCUUCCCCUUCCUUCACCAUUCCCUUCCACCUCGUUCAAGGGACUGAGGGAACUUCACCUCGUCCCGCCUCCGUCCUUCUUACCCGCCUCUACCUCGGCGGAGAAAGCCGAUACACACUUCUCUGCCCUCCUCGCGCCGUUUCACCAACUCGCAGGCCGCGGGGCCGGCUCGAUUCACCCCGCGCUGAAGGGGUUGCAGACUCUCACCCUAGACUGGAGGUACGGAGUAUGGGAAACAUCAGGCGAGGGAAGGUUGAAGAGGUUGAGAAGCGUUUGUGAGAAACUGGGAGUGGAGGUGCGUGUUGGGAGGGAGGGAGAGGGGGAGGACGUGUUUGGAGGUGGGAGGGGGGUGAGGAGGGGGAUGGGGAGGAGGUGGAGGAGUCAAGGUGGACUUUGA